CAAAGUCGAAAACAAUAUUUAGUUAGACUCUUUUCUUGCGCUCCAAGCAGCCACCACCACCUCCAUUUCAUUGUUCCUUUCCCUCUCUCAACCUCAAAUCACAAACAUUUUUGUUUUCUUUUCCGAGGAGAGAGCAACACAACAACCAAAACUAAAACCCAAACAACUAAGAAGCCUUAUAUUUUUUAUGAAGGACAAAAUGUUUCUCUCUAAUUAUGAUCACUCUGGUAAUUCUUUGAUACCAAACUUUCUCUACUCGUCUUCAUCGUCCAAAAUACUCCACGAGUUGAACGAUCCGAUGAACACAAACGGUGGAGUGUUUCAUCAAUCACCACCGUUGGUUUCUCCAUCAAAUGGUGGUGGUUUCCUGAUUCCGGCACCUAAAGAAAAGGUGGAGAUGUACUCUCCAGCUUUCUACGCUGCAUGUACGGCGAGUGGUAUGUUUAGUACUGGCAUCACCCACACGGCUGUGACUCCUAUCGAUGUGCUCAAGUGCAAUAUGCAGAUUGACCCAGCAAAGUACAAAAGCAUCAGUUCUGGAUUUGGAGUUUUGCUCAGGGAGCAGGGAUUCAAGGGCUUCUUUCGGGGUUGGGUGCCCACCUUGCUUGGUUAUAGUGCUCAAGGUGCUGGCAAAUUUGGAUUCUAUGAGUUCUUUAAGAAGUAUUACUCGGACAUUGUUGGGCCUGAGUACGCUUCCAAGUAUAAGACCUUGGUAUACCUUGCUGGUUCAGCAUCAGCUGAAGUGAUUGCUGAUGUUGCCCUCUGCCCAAUGGAGGCUGUGAAGGUCCGAGUCCAAACUCAGCCUGGUUUUGCCCGGGGUUUGGCCGAUGGGCUUCCCAAGUUUGUCAAGUCUGAAGGUGUUCUUGGAUUGUACAAAGGGCUUGUUCCUCUUUGGGGACGUCAGAUUCCAUAUACGAUGAUGAAAUUUGCUUCUUUUGAGACAAUUGUGGAGAUGAUGUACAAGUAUGCCAUCCCAACCCCAAAAGACCAAUGCAGUAAAUCUUUGCAGCUUGGAGUAAGCUUUGCUGGUGGAUAUGUGGCGGGUGUAUUUUGCGCAGUUGUGUCACAUCCUGCUGAUAAUCUGGUGUCUUUUCUGAACAAUGCAAAGGGAGCGAGUGUUGGUGAUGCGGUGAAGAAGCUGGGAUUAUGGGGUCUUUUUACUCGUGGCCUUCCCAUUCGUAUUGUCAUGAUUGGAACUCUUACUGGAGCCCAGUGGGGUAUUUAUGAUGCUUUCAAAGUUUUUGUUGGACUGCCAACAACUGGUGGUGCCCCUCCGCCUCCUGCAAAAGCAUGAAUUAUAGCUGAUGAUCAAACAUCAACAAGCAUUUAAUGUUUGGGAUUUUAGAGAAGAACUUUGUGCUUUGACGGAACACAAUAAUAGUGGUGAUGCUACUGGGUCAGGUGGCUCAAAUCGGGGCUGUUUUCUCCUCAAUAAGGACAUCCGUUGCUAGCUGGAAAUGUAUUCUCUUGUAGACGAUUUCUUUUUCAUUAUUCUUAUUCUUGCUGCUCCAAAUGUUUUUUCUCGAUAGGAUGUUCUUGAGUUCAUCCUUGCUUUAGUUAGAUAUGUACUUGAAAUUGUAGUCUGACUUUUGAUGUAUGGAAAGGUUCCGCAUGGUGGAAUAUGAGACUU